AUGGCUGCCUCUGCUGCACUCGUUUUUGCCGGGAAGUCUGUGGCGGUUCCAGCAAUAUCCUUCCUGAUCAACAAAGCUUUCAUCUACAUCAAUGAAUACUGCAGAUCCGAAGACAUGGAUGAGGUCAAGAAUCGGCUCCUGCAGGCCCUACCGCAGAUCAAGGCGGUGUUCGAUGUCGUCAACCCGGAACGUGUUAGGGAGCAGAGCAGCGCCCUGGAUGUGUGGCUCUGGCAGCUCAGGGACGCGGUCGAGGCAGCGGAGGACGCAAUCGACGAGCUUGAAUACUACGAGCUUGAAGCAAAGGCCAAGGACCGAAAGGUUAGUGAAUGGGGUUCUCCUUUUGGUAAGAUGAAGCACAAGCUUGUCAGAUCUGUCAAGAGUGUCCCCGUUUUCAACAAGACUCUCAAGAAAAUUGCUCAUGGUGACACUAUCAAGAGAUUAAUGAAAUCUGUUGAUCGUUUAGAUAAGGCUGCUGCAGGUGUUGUGAGUUUCCUCAAUCUCACAGACUAUCUCACUGGAGGUUCUACCGGUCAACAACAACCACAGAAGGCAGUGAACAAUGAUCGCCAGACUGGUUCAACAUUAAGUGCAACCAUUUUCGUCGGGCGAGAAAAGGAGAAAGCUAUUAUUGGAUGGCUAGCCAACACGUCAGUUCAACUGGCCGAAACCGGGGUGACAAGGGCCACCAAUAGUAUUCCUAUUAUUUCAGUGGUUGGUCAUGGUGGCAUGGGGAAAACUACUUUGGCCCCGAGCAUAUGUGAGCAAGAGGAGAUACUGAAGCAUUUUAAGGUCAUAUGGAUUACUGUAUCUACAAAUUUUGACGCAACAUCAGUGGCAAGAAAUAUACUGGAAUGUGCCACGGGCACAAAACCAAACGCUGAUCAUUUGGAACCACUACAGCGAGAUCUCAAAAAGAAACUCAAGUCUAUUAAAUUUUUGCUGGUUUUAGAUGAUGUUUGGGAAGAUAAAAAAAAUAACGAAUGGGAGAAGUUAUUUGCUCCUCUGAGAAAAGAACACACUGUUGGGAGCAAAAUUAUGUUGACAACCCGAAUGCAGUCUGUAGCGGACAUGGCUGCAAAGGUGAUGGGAGUCAAGAGAGAUCACUGUCUGAUAUUACAAGGAUUGCAAGAAGAUGAAAAUUCCGAGCUCUUCUUUCAUCAUGCCUUUGCCGGGUUGAAUCCAGAAAAUUAUGUGGAUUUAAAGUCAAUUGGAGGACGAAUUGCAAGGAAGCUGAGAGGAUGUCCCUUGGUAACAAAGGUUGUCGGUGAUCAUUUGCAAGGCAAUUCAGCGGUCGAGUACUGGAGUAGCUUCUUGCAUCAACGAUUGGAACAUUUUAAAGGAACUGAAGAGGACAUUAUGAAUGUUCUUAGAUUAAGCUACUACCACCUACAAACAGAGCUGCAAAUUUGCUUUCGGUACUGUUGCAUAUUUCCGCAGGACUACAAAUUUCUGAAGAAAGAACUAGUCCAACUGUGGAUUGGUUCAGGAUUGAUCUCACAACCUGCUAAUGGCACUCAAACUUUGGAGGAUACUGCACAGCUGUUCUUGGCUCAGCUGACUAGAAAAUCAUUCUUUGAUCUGAAAUGCGGAGCUGGCCGACUGAACCAAGAUUGUUAUGUAAUGCAUGACUUGAUGCAUGACUUAGCAAGGAAUGUGUCUUCUGGUGAAUGUGCAAGAAUAGAUGAUCCUGUCCAGCUUAAAGAUGAGAAGGAUACAGUUCGACACCUAUGCAUUGUUAAUAUUCACAGUUUCUCUGCUGAUGCAAUCAACAAUUUCUUCCAUUUUAAGAACAUGCGCACUAUUAUCAUUCAUAGUAGCCAUGAGGUUGAAAAUGAUGUAGUUUGUGCACUUGAAAUGAUUGUUGAGAGUUCAAAAUCAUUGCGCCUAUUCCAUUCAAAUCUGAGAAACACAUUCCGUGUUGCUGACAAAUUUGGUGACUUGAAACAUCUACGCUAUAUCUACUUGCAUCAGAUAUCACCAGGCACGAUACGCGGGGUUGCCAAAUUUUAUCACUUGAUGGUACUUCGUUGUGGUUUUGGUGGUUUGGAGACUGAAACAUAUGAAGUGAGAUACUUAGGGAACCUUGAGCACUUGCGAUAUGUAUCCUAUGGAGUGCAUGGAUUUGGUAAUUUCCCAAUAAGCAGGCUCACUUUUCUUCAGGAAUUACAUGACUAUAGGGUAGGAGGAAAAAUGUGCACCCAAAUAAGUGCAGUUGGGAGCUUACAAGAUCUUCGAGAAUUGGAUGUGCAGGGCCUUGAGAAUGUUGAGAGUUCUGAAGAAGCUAAGAAUGCCAAGUUAAAGUACAAGCAGCAUCUCAACAACUUAUGUCUAGAGUGGUCCAGAGUUGAUCAAAUCAUGGCAGAUGACUUGGUUGACUGCGUGAUGGAUGAAUUUGUUCUUGACCGCCUUGAGCCACAUGUUAAUAUCAGGGUAUUGCAAAUUGCAGGUUGUAAGGGUUCGAAAGUUCCAUUUUGGAUUGAGAACCGCUCUCUCAAAAACCUGACAUCUCUCAAGUUGAUAAGCUGCAUCAAUUGGGACUACCUUCCCUCUCUUGGCGAUUUAGUAUUGUUGAAGCUUCUAAAAUUGGAAAACCUUCCUAAGCUACAGCAGAUUGGUCGAUUAUCUGAUUUGUCCAGGAGUCACUCCAUGGAGUUGCUGUUACCUCAAAGCCUUGAUACUUUGGAAGUAACUGAAUGCCGAAAACUGAGGGAAUUACCUAGUCUACCUCCAAGCCUAGUAUCAUUGGUAAUACGAGAUGUUUGGCUGACCAAACUUCCUAUGAUUGGCAAGGUAUUGAGUGAGAGCAUCGAGUCCAAAUCACCUAAGUUAAUUUACGUAAGUAUCACCAGUUGUCCUCAUUUAACUUCACUGGAAGGGAGCCUUUUGGAGCAAAAACAGUACAUGGGAGCUAUCCGUUCCCUUACAGUUAAUUAUUGUGAACAUCUGGAGACUGCGGCCAUACCAUUUGAAGAAAUGAAAGAACUUAAGAGGCUCGAGAUAACAGAAUGCCCAAUGCUGAGGGCAAGUAGAGAUGGCAAAGAUAAGCUCGUGGCAUCUUCACUAAGAGAACUAACUAUUGCCCAGUGUGGUGACCUGGAACUUGCACUACUUGGGUCAAUUCAACCGCUCACCAACUUACAUUUUCUGAAGCUGCAAAACUGCCCAGGACUAGUGUCUCUCCCUUCCACGGUUGUGUUCAAGAAUCUCAAAUCGCUGCGGCGCAUGUACAUAGAGGGAUGCAAGAACCUCUCGUCCUUGGGAGGGCUCGGAUCACUUUCAACCCUCAGCUGGUUAAGUAUCCUGAGGUGCAGUAAACUCACGAAGGCUGUUGGGUGGUCCUCGGUAGCUAGAGUUGCAUCUGGUUCUCGUUCUGCUGACGUUGAAGAGCGUCUGGUGGAAUCCGGCAGCUCAUUGCAGAUAGGUUCUCUUAAAAUUGAUCUGCAGUCCUUGCUGCUUAUUGAGCCGCUCAAAACUCUCUGCCGGACUGAACAUUUGGAAAUUAUGAAUGAAUCAGAGAUGGAGAGCGUACCUGAACAAUGGCUGCUACAGAACCGAACAUCACUCCGAUCGCUGACUACACACGUAGUAGAUUCCUUGAAAUCACUCCCGCCGAGCAUGCAAGACCUCUGCUCUCUCGAGCAAUUAUUCCUAAUUGGUGCUAGGCAGCUCCAGUCACUUCCAUGUCUGCCCUCCUCCUUGAAGUUGCUCGUUCUUUCAGAAUGCCGCCAUCCAGACCUGGAGAAGAAGAUAACAGAGUAUGGAAGCCCUGAAUGGAACAAGAUUGCUCGCAUCCCUUAUGCACGAAUAGGAAAUAGGUAUUUUGUCAUGGGCAAGAAUAUCACCGAAGAGGCUUACAGAAAAUGCCGUCGCCCCGGUUUAAUGUUCGAGUACACAGGGGAUUUGAAAGACCCUCAACGGCACACUGACAUUCAGCUAACUGACGCUGAAAUCACUGAAGCUAUCAAGAAGAUACUCGAUGAACCGGUGGCUGGUGAUGAUCCGUUCUGGAAGAAGAAGCCGCAGGAUAAACCGGCGAAAACCCCUCGUGUCAAGACUAAGGUCACCAAGAAGCCUGCCAAAAAGAAAACCGCCAACUCCAUCGAUUUAAACUUUGAUGAUGACGAUGAAAAUCAUGAGUCAGAGGUAGAACUUGAUUCACUUGGUUCCUUCUUCAUACAUCCUAUUGAUAAUGAUUAUUUUCAGGAGGACGCAGAGGCUAGCCAAGCUGGUGACGUAGAGGGAACUUCCCAUUCCUCUUCUGGCGAAUCAACAGAGACGCAACUUCCAACCCUCAAAACUGUUCCUGGUGCCAAACCCAGGCCCAGCAAAAAGGCCAAGUUGAAUAAAUCGGCUGAUGAUAACCCGGCCACUGAACUAGAGGAGACCCCAGAACAGUUUGAGCCAAAUGCUGAUGCUAUUCUUGAUGAUCCGCCACUGCAAGAUCAUGAAACCUUUGUUGAACAGAUGGAAAAUGAUCCAACGGGUCAUGCUGUUGAUCCGCCAAGCCCAGCUAAAGCUGUUGAUAAACCGCCAAGCCCAGCCAAAACUGCUAAAGACAAAGCGGAUGAUGUUGUAGUUACUGGCUUUGGCUACACAACUCCUGGCAACCCCAUUGCUCUGUCAAAAAACAGUGCCAAAGAAGAAGCUGAGCUGAGCAAAAAAGAAUCCCAAACCGCCGACCUUCAAGAAAAUAUCAAGUCCCAACAAGCAGAAACCUCCAAGGCCAAAGAGGAGCUGACUAGUGCCUUAGCAGCCAUGGAGAAACUGAAGGAGAGCUUUAAAAGUCAGCGGGCUGUCUGGGAUACAGAGAAAGCAACUCUGCUGAAGAGGGCUGAGGACGCUGAAGCGGCCCUUAAUCCGGUAACAGAAGAGCUGACUGGCUUGAAGCGGCAAAUAAACGCCAUGAAUUCUGCUAUUUUUGGUAAAGAGCCUCUUCCUAAGCUUUAA